UGGGGGGGGGAAUCCGCAGGUUAUGGGGGCGCAGAUUUUGCGCAUCGCAGGAUUUCCACGCGCCGUGUGUUUUAUUUAUUUUGGCGAGGGCUCCGUCGCUGCGGCUGCAGAGAGAAAGUCAAAGAUGCGCACCGCCGAACAAAGGAUUUAGAUUGGAAACGAUAAAGAAAACCCUCCAUAUUUUUAAUCCUUGCACCCCGUUGCGUGUUUUUUUUUUUCUUCCCUCCCCUCCUCUCUGUGGACUUACAUCCAUGCCCUGUCUGACGGGCUGAAUAACCGGGGCUCCGGCGGCUCGUAACCCGGAGCAGGAGGAAUCAUCUGGGCUCAUCGCGCACUUGUCCAUGUGGAUGGAGACAGAACACGCAAACCCAACGAGCGGAGCUCAUUCCGACAUGUGACAUUUUUAUAUCUCUGCCGCCUAUCAAAACCAACUACUGUGCAUCCGUCUUUUUUUUUUUUUUUUUUUUCUAGCUCUCAUCUGUUUACAUCGAUCAAGAGAUGGCCUUCCAAGCAGUUUUCCUACUGAUGCUGCUGGCUGUUGCGCGUCGGGCCAGCAGUCAAAACGUCGACGACCCUCAGUCCAGUCUCCCGAGAGGCUGCGGCUGGGGGCUGGUGCGCCCCUACACCCUGCUCUGCGACCUGGACUCUAUAUGGGGAGUGGCCGUUGAGUCCGUCGCCGCCGGCGGGGCGCUGGCCGCCAUCCUGCUCGCUCUCGUCCUGCUGUGCCGUUUGCGCCACAUCAGCGAGGCCGAGAAGCGCAGCGGCGUGGGACCCAUCCUCCUGCUGCUCCUCGGCAUCCUGGGCCUGUUCGGCCUGAGCUUCGCGUACCUGAUCGAGCAGGACGAGUCGCUGUGCCUGCUCCGCCGGGCCUUGUGGGGCCUUCUCUUCGCCGUCUGCUUCUCCUGCUUGCUCGUCCAGGGCGUCCGUCUGCGCAGGCUGGGCCGGGAGCGGCGGAGCCCGGGGGGCUGCGCCCUGACGGGCCUGGCGCUGGGUCUGAGCGCCGUGCAGGGCAUCAUAGCGGCGGAGUGGCUGCUUCUCACCGUGUUGCGGGAGAGGAGAGCCGCCUGCCAGUACCUGCCUCUGGACUUCUCGCUGGCCUGCAGCUACGUGCUCGCCCUCCUGCUAGCCGCGCUGACUGCCGCCUCGCUGGCCCUGUGCGGGAAGACCCGCCAGUGGCGCUGCAACGCCAUCUGGCUGCUGGUGACCUGCCUGAUGUCGCUGCUGCUGUGGGUGGCCUGGGUGGGCUUCUACCUGUACGGCAACGCGUGGCUCGGCAGGUCUCCGGACUGGAACGACCCCGCGCUGGCGAUCGCCCUGGUGGCUCAGGGCUGGCUGCUGCUCAUCUUCCACGCCAUUCCCGAAUCCCACAUCUGCCUAAAGCCGCCGCCGCAGCCCACCGCGCCGGACUACUUCGACACGUCUCAGAAUUCAACGCGGAUGAGAGAGACGAGCUUCGACGAGGACAUCCCUCUGUCUCACAGGCAGUUCGUGGAGAACCAGGGUUACGGAUACAACGACGAGAACACUGCAGGCUUGAGAAGCGGCGGCGGUGCCGGGCAACACAGCGGCAACACCGGCGCCAGGCCAAGCGCUCCUUUCCGCAGCAACGUCUACCAGCCCACCGAGAUGACCAUGAUCCUGAACGGGGGAGCGGUGAGUACAUCCUCCCAGUCACAGGUGCCCUCUGCCCCUCCCACCUACACCGGGAGGCAGCUGUGGUGAGGCCGAGGACUGGAUUGAGGAUGUGUGAUAGAAAAUAAAGCGAAGAGGAUGGAGAGGGUGAGGAGGGUGAGGAGGGAGGGGUCCCGGGACGACGGAGCCUGUCCAGCCGGAUUGGACUUACAGCACAGAUGCCUGCAGGGCCUCGCCACUCCGUGUACAGACUCCAACACUGACUGCGUGCCAAUUAAGUAUUGAGUGAGUGUGAGUGAGACCGAGAGACGGCGGCGCAUGGAGGACAGAGCUGAAGCUUCUCUUGCACAUGAAGAGUUAACAAUGAAACACGACCAGCAAGUAGCAAAACAAACAAAAAGCACCGAAAACAUCCAGACGCAGCACUCCUGUUUUUUCGGUCUGAUUUGCUCCUCUGACUCCUCAAGCUCUGUAGGCAUCCUGAAAAACUGUGAAUUCUCCUUCUUUUUUUCUCUCCUGCUCUGCCUCCGGUUGUGUCAGGCAGGAUGUCUUUUCUGCUGCUCCUCACAAUGCUGGCGCUCAAGUGGAAACAUUUGGCUCUGUCCUCCAUCCGUCCGUCCAUCCAUCCAUCCAUCCAUCCAUCCACAGUGUAGGUGAAGACAGAGCACAUGGGCGACUGUACAGCUCCAGCACCGCCCUCGUAAAAAAACAAUCCAGCCUCUGUGGGUGUAUAUGUGCAGUACACGAGGAGGAAAGAGUGUGUGUGUGUGUGUGUGUGUGUGUGUGUGUGUGUGUGUGUGUGUGUGUGUAUGUGUGUGUGUGUGUGUGUGUGUGUGUGUGUGUGUGUGUGUGUGUGUGUGCUUUUUCCCACAGCUCUCCGGCUCCAGCAGACUGUUACCCCCGGCCUCUCCUCCCUCCCUCUCCCUCUCCGUCCCGCUCUGCGUUUCCCUGCACCGUCUGUGAAUACGACACACAACCCCCCCUCUCACCUCGCGUCGUCAUCCCACCAACCUGCAUGGACACUUUGCAAAACACAAACUGCAAGGCCCGGGAGCUCCGGGCGGCAGAGAGGCAGGACAUUCACCUGAGCGGAGGUUCUCACAAAGCUGCUAAUGAACUGCUGUUAGACCCCGGACGGAGCGGAGUGAGGGCCGUGAUUGGACGAGGGGGGGCGUCGGUCGUCGGCGAGGAGGCGCCGCUCGGUGAAUCUAGGUCAGACCGCUGUGCUCUCCCACAUCUUCGGCGGCGGCGGCGGCGGCGGCCACUGGCGGUUUGAACCAGCCAAGAGAAACUGUCACUUUGUAUCAGCAGGAAACAGAGCGAGGAAAUGAAAUGGUCUCUCGUUCCGAGUUCCUCCAUCUGUGUUUUAGUGUGCGUUCGUGAGUGUUGUGAUUUCACAAGUGUUGGCUGGGAAAAAAAAAACAAAAAAAACAAAGUCCAAGUUGCGCUCUGGUGCUAAAUAUUCCUCCACACGAGUCUCCAGCGAUGCACAGAACUACAGAAACAAACACUGAUGGAGACGCAUUUGUCAAACUGUGAGUGACAGACUAUUUAUAGGGCUGCGGCUGGCGAGUGGAGAUAUCCUGGAGCCUUAG